AUGCAAUUUGUUUCUUACGGAUUAUCACCAGCAGCUCAUAUGGCUUCUUUUGCAAAGGGUGUGUAUUUCCUAAUUUCAAACAUAACGGACUAUGAAACAGAAACAAACUUUGAUAUAAUCUAUAACAUAUUCGGAAUCGGAUCUCUUGUUUUAGCCCUUAUAUGUUUAUAUUGGAUGAAUUUCAAACGCUUUAUGUACCUCUCAAUAUUAUCGAUGAUUCUUACCUUUAUACUCUUCUUACUAAUAAUUUGCCAAGUAAUUUACGUGGUAAUGAGUUCUAACUUACCGGUAAAAGAUGAUUUAACGAAAUAAGAGAGGUAAUAUGACUACAGAUAAUAGAGUAAGAUGCUUUUCACUGUAAAAAUUAUAAUAGAUAUUUUCUUGCUUUUGAUGCCAAUGAUUGCUUUUUCAUUUUAAUUUGAGCUCUGCUUGAUUCCAGUAUAAUGCCAUAUGAAAAUCAAAGAUUGGAAUGGAGUAUAAGGAUUUAAGUCCUCUCUUAUUAGUCUUUCUAUUGCUCUUGCAUUUCAUAUAUGGAUUUUCUUUUUUCUAUUUCAAGUAGACAAAUAUGUUUCAGACAUUAAAUGUGUAGAUUGCUAGCUCUACAUGGUUAUUUAUAGACAUUUUUAGAUUAUAAUUUCCAUUCUUAGCUUGCUAAUUAUAUCUUUUACUCAAAUGAUUCAAGGUAUUUUGACACUGCACUUGGCUCAUGAACAAUUUUGUAUAUUAAUAGAUGAAGUGUUUAGAGAGUCACUAACUCUAAAUAUAAUGAAAUCAAGAAUAAAGAUAGAAGAAGAUGAUAAGAAUAAAUUACUUGAGAGCUUUAAAUCUGAAGAAACAUUUGAAGAUAAUAAAGUAAUUAGUUAUUUGAACGGUCAGAUAUUUACUCUCUAGAUAUUUAAAGAAUAGAAAUACUGGAUGGCUUAUAUGGAUAUGGAUAAAGCAACAACUAUCAAAGCCGCUCUAAUUUUGGUCUUUAUUAAUAUUGUGGUACUCACGACUAAUACAAGAAUAUAUGAGCUUGUCAGUAUAUUAGGCUGCGUAGCUACACCUAUGGUAGUUUACAUCAUCCCUGGAUACUUAUAUCACACUUAUUAAAAACAUCAAAUAAUUAUUGGAGAAAUUAAAGUUCAGAGAGGCAUUUAUGAAGUAUUCCCUUUGAUUUUUUGCUUAAUAGGAAUCUUGAUAAUUAUGAUCAACUCUUCGAGUGUGCUAUUAAAUCUUGCAAUCUCAUUGGAUCUAUAUGAAUUAUGA